AUGGUUCCUCGGGCUUCUGUUCAUUCCGCUGAAGCCAACAAUGGGGUUCCUUUUGAUCUCCCCAAUAUCAUACCGUCAGAGGACUUGGAGUUUGUGUCGAUUCUUGACAUCGAGCUGCUAGUGUUCACAUCGCCGCUCGAGUCUGACACUGUCGCUUAUAGGCGAGAUUUGGUAUCUUUGUUGAAGCAAUUUUCCGACUGGGAUGGCCUUUUGCGGAUAUUGGGGGUAUAG